CCUCUCUUACUUCUUUUCUUUGUCUUUCAUUCAACAACAGCAACAGCAGCAACAACAACAACAACAACAACAACAGCAGCAACAGCAACAGCAACAGCUCGUGCCUGGACUAAGCCCAGCCUGGCAUCCAUCCACUCCCACCUCCACCUCCACCUCCGCCUUUUUUACUUCUUAUUCCCUUUUGUCCUCCUUCCUCUCUCCUUGACAACGGAUCCCACCCUCUCCCUUGCAUUCACUUUUGGAUUCCAGAAAACCCAUCGUCCUCUUUCUUCAUUCCUUUUCUCUCUCUUUUUUCUCUCUUCUCUCUCUCUCGCUCUUUUUCUCUUCCUCUUCUCCUUCCUCUUCCUCCCUCCCUGACCCUUCUAGUAAUCUCCUCAAGGACACAUCCAUUAUCAGCUACAUGAUGAAGCCAACCGUUGAUCGCUUACCGAUCCCCUCCUCAACUUCCUCCUCCCCUUCCACUCCACUUUCCUCCCAACAAUCCUCCAGAGCAACCUCCCCAAGCCCCUCCCUAUCGUCUGUUUCCUCUGCUGCUUCCAGUCAACGUACAUCAAUGUAUUCUUCCCCUCGCCCUAUCAGUCGCCAGCAGCAUCAACAGCUGCCGGCCUCAAGUGUUGGACUUGGAGGAGGCAGUAUCAGUAGUCUGAUCCGCAAGAUUCCCUCUCUCGUGGCCGCGACGACAACCCCAAAGUCUGUGCUACCAACACCCAUGGAGCGACAGCAACACAGCGACCAGACCAGUACAGUAUCAUCGACGCUCGCGGCGGUCAAUGCCUCCUCUCUGGCCGCUCCUGCGCCGUCAGAACAACACCUGCGCCCUGCCUCUCCGUCCCUGGUUGGUGCAGCCAAUCCUCCUGCCUCCAAGACGGAGAACGUCACCGUGACAGUCCGUAUCCGACCCUUCAGCAGCUCAGAACUGAAAGUCGCUGGCGGACCUACGGAUGUGUGGGCUGUAUCUGAUGAUGGGUCGAAAAUUGGAUACAAUGACGACUAUGCGGUCAAUGCGCGAAAGACCGCUGUGGAGUAUGCUUUUGACCAUGCCUUAACUGGGAGUAAUAAUGAAGAGAUCUACAGCUCGAGUGUCAAGAAUCUGGUCCAGUCGGCUAUGGAGGGAUACAAUGGAACGGUGUUCGCAUACGGUCAGACCUCUUCAGGAAAAACAUAUACCAUGAGCGGAAACGAGACGCAGCCAGGAAUCACCCCUCGUGCAGUCGAGGACAUUUUCAAAUAUAUCCGCGAAAACUCAGACCGCGAGUUCCUGCUGCGUGUAUCAUAUCUGGAGAUUUAUAACGAGUCCAUCCGGGACCUGCUUUCGCCAGAGUCAAUUGAUUUACGUAUACAUGAGGAUCGACGACGCGGGGUAUAUGUCAGCCCUCUGAAGGAGGAGAUCGUAACCACACCGAGCCAGGUGAUGAGAAUCAUCGAGAGAGGAGACUAUCAACGGCAUGUCAGUUCUACGGAUUUCAACGCACACAGCAGUCGCUCGCACUCGAUCUUUCAAAUCGUCAUUGAAAGCAGAGACCGUUCGCCUGGCAAUGCAGCAGGAAGCCCUACAACACGCAAACCGACCCUGGGUGCCAAAUCCGCCAGUGCAGUUCGUGUGUCACAGCUAAAUUUGAUCGACUUGGCAGGAUCUGAAAAGGCUGCAUCGAACGAGGAGCGACGAAAGGAGGGAGCCUUCAUCAACAAGUCGCUGUUGACACUCGGAUCCGUUAUCUCUAAGUUAACAGAGGAGAAAGGGGCACAUAUCCCAUAUCGCGACUCGAAGUUGACUCGAAUCUUGCAAUCAUCGCUCAACGGAAAUGCACGUGUCUCGGUGAUCUGUACCAUCAGCCCGUCGUCCUUGAAUGUAGAGGAAUCCCAUAACACCCUCAAAUUUGCUGCGCGUGUCAAGAAGGUCGUGACAAGGGCGCAGACGAACCAGGUUAUGGAUGAUAAGGCGCUGCUGGAGAAGUAUCGUCGCGAGAUUAGCGAACUCAAGGCGCAGCUCAUGCUGACGGCUGCUGGUAGUGGCGAGGCAGUCGAUGCUAGAUCUGCAGGUGCCAUGGGCGGUAAACAGCAGGCGGAGCUGUCCACACUUCUGGAGAAGGAGAGGUUGAAGCAUGAGGAAGAGAUGGUGGAAAUGAAUAUGGUCAGAAAUGCACUCAAGGAACGUAUCGAUCAUCUCACCAAGCUAAUUCUGACUUCGCAGUCGAUCAACACCAAAACGACUGCGCCGGAGCAGCUGGCGGGUCGGUCUACGGUUGAGACCUCGGCUGAUGGCACAGUGCUCGAAUUUCCCAAGGAGAUUGAGUCGCGCUUGGCACGCAAAGAUGCGGUUGUGAAGCAGCUACAGCUCGAAUUGGAGGCUCAGCAGGAGAAGAUGGCACUGAUGAAGUCAGCGCUUGAGAAGACGGCCAAGGGAGAGACUGUGGAUAUCGAAAAGACUCUAGCCCGCAUAGAGCAACAGGACUCCUUGCCAAGAGACAAAUUGUUGAGUGAGAAGAGGGCUUCAAUCGUAAAUGUCCAUGCGUUGGCGCACCUGGAUGGAGCAGACGGUGCUGACCUGAUGGCCCUGAGGACUUUGCAGGAGAAGCAGGGGGAAGGGGGACAGCCACAAUCUACCUUCGCUGGUUCUAUUUCUACGCAGGUAAAGGGCUCUGCAAGCUCAGAGAAUGGAUCCAGCAGUUUCUUAGGGCCCAACAACACAUACGAGGAUGAAGACUUGAUGGAUACGCCCUGGAACCGAGAAGAGCUUCAGAGUCUCCGGCAGGCCAAGCGUGAACUCGAGAUCAUUGUGAUCGAGCAAGAAAAGAAAUUGGAGGACAUGGUUGCGUUUGAGGACUCUGACGACUUUCGAAAUCUGGUCCUUGAGCUCGAGGAGCAGCGUGAGAAGAUUCUGGCGAUGGAGGAGGAGCGAGAGAGCCAGAGGGUGACCGUUGCAGAGCUCCGGAAUACAAUCCGUAAAAUGGAACUUCGGCAGUCUGGUCCUGGCACUGCGUCAGCAGGGUUUCCAGGGACUGGAGCGGCUGCUGUCUCUUUGGCAGCGGCGGGCGCACGGAUCAAGGAUCUGGAAAUGGUAGCACAGAAGGAGCGGCGGCUACGAAUGGAAGAGCAGAGCCGAAAUAUGGGUCGGAUUACUUCGCUGGAAGCCGAGCUGACCAUGAUGAAGGCUGAGCUUUCUGUGCGCAACCUGGCGGCAUUUUCGUAAAGUAGAACACAUCUGGAUAUUGAAAUGGCAUUCGCAUAGACACAAGCGAGCAAGUAACACACCUGUAACAAUAAUACUUUUAAUAAUAAUGAAA